AUGUCUGUGAACAGGCAAGACGCUUCUGGCCGUGCUUCUGUGCAAGGACUCGGUGCCCGGCCGCCUGUGCCCUCGCCCGCGGUGGCGCAAGUGCCAAUCUGGCAGGUCCUCCCAGCCCCAGAAGUGGGACAUCAAGUGGCGCCCUGGCCUGCGGUGCAGCCUGCGGUGCAGCCUGCGGUGCAGCCUGCGGCCUACCCAGGUUUGGGCCUUGCUUUCCAAGGGCGGCAGCUGCGCUACUUCACCGUGAUGUGCAAAGAUGAUGUGGAGAUUCGCGCUUCACCCACCUACGCCGAUGAUGCGCGGGUGGGACAUUUUCUUCAUCCCGGGCAAGUCCUGGUGGUGGAUGAUCGAAGGGUGGUCAACGGUUCAUGUUUUUUGCACUUGGCCGACGGCCGCGGAUGGGUCUUCGAGACAAAGGAUCGUUUGCUGGUCGUGACAGAGGUGCAGGAGUUCGAACGUGGGCUUUGGCACUACUGCCUGAUCUGCGAAGAUGAUGUGGAGACUCGGAUUUCGCCCACGUAUUCCGAUGAUGCGCGCACUGGAGUGGUUUUGCUUUCAGGUGAUUGCAUCGCAGUGGAUGAGCGUUGCACUGUGGCGAAUGCGCGGUUUCUGAAGUUGGCGGAUGGCCGAGGAUGGGUCUUCGAAACCAAAGACCGGCUCUUGGUGAUGAGUGAGGUGAGACCGAAGGCGGAAGCACGAGACUUUGCCCGUGGCAUGUGGCACUACACCGUGGUGUGCGACAGUGAUGUGGAGAUCCGAGCGGCUCCCACGUAUUCCGAUGAGGCCCGCACUGGCCUCACAGUCCACCCUGGCGACUGCGUUGCCAUAGAUGAGCGAUGCAGGGUCAAUGCCACGUGGUUUCUUCGACUCGCAGAUGGUAGAGGUUGGCUCUUCGAGUCCAAGGACUCACGCCGGGUCAUGGUGCAGCUGCAUUGA